ACGUCCUAGUGAUUUAACGAUGAGAGAAAAGUGGAAAAAGAAGAGGUCUCGGAGGCUCCGGAGGAAGAGGAGAAAGAUGCGCGCCCGCUCUAAGUAAACGCCUAACGAUGGGCUGCCGCUUUGGAGCCGAACCCGUUCUUGCAUGCGGUAUCCCGCUGUCUGUAUCUCCGACCGUCCAACCAGAAACGGAUACGAGGCAGCAAGUCGUUGGUGUUUGUUGGCGGGUGUCAUUGCGAACCUGGAUUACACGCUGUUCUUGGAGACUCGUGCAGGCCGGUCAAAUGCGCUUGUGCUGUGCUUCAGGGUGUGGCGUUUGGGGGAAAGGCGCUCGUAUAUGCAUAUGUUUGAAGCAUUAAUGCGACUGGUAUAUGCUGCAGUCUGUGACUGUUCUCG